CUCACUUUUCAUAGAGGUAAGAGUGUGGCAAGAAUACUCCUGACUUCCAAACUCAACACGAUAAGAAAGAUAGGUCAAUAGGAUGCAGCCUACCGGUAUAGUCUCUAGCAGUCGAAACAAUGACCGCUGGUCUCUUAUUGGAUUUCCGACACCCGGGUAGGCGUAAUGGAAGCAAAGAAAUCAAUAGACGUACGUAGUGAAAGUACGUCAUCGCCUCACCAGGUCGGGGAUACCCUACUACCGCAAUUCGUACUUCCGUACAUAGCAGAAUGUGACGAUAAUUUUGAGUCUCGACGAUAUCAUCUCAGUCAACAGACCUUGGAGGUAGUGAUGUCUUCAUUCAUGAUUGAUUGAUCGAUUCGUUCACUCGUUGCAGCAUUCUCUUCCUACCUCUGAUCGAGUUUUUCUCAUAAUUCAUUUCCAGAGAAAUAUUGGUCUGUACUUCAUAACAAUGAGUUCCAUUUUCAAAUCGGCAAUCUUCAUGGCGGCAGCCCUCCAAUCGGCUAGUGCAUUUGCUGUAAGUCUUUGGUCGAGAGUGGACGAGGAACUGCGAUGGCGAUUUUAUUUGCAGCGUCUCACCUCACCUAAUCCCACUUGAUCCCUAUUUCCACUUUGACCCUCGAUUUAAUUUUGUCAAAAAACUGCAGCCCAUUUCUAGUUCAAGCCGUGCUACUUCGACUUCGUUGAACGUGUACGGUACUCCCAGAGAAGUUCAGGUUAGUCUUCAUCGUUGCACCUAGGUCGACGCGGUUGAUUGUUGGUUUUGAUCCGGAUUCCAGCUUGACCAUGUUUUUUUCACAUAUUCUUCGACUUCAAUUCAUACGAGCAGAUUAUUCCCUCCGUCCUUCCAGCCGAUUUCGGAAAGCUCGGAGAGGACUGCAAGAGGUUGGAAGAUGCAGGGUGUCAUCGCGUUCAAUUCGAUGUCAUGGACGGAAAUUUUGUUCCUAACCUCACCUUUGGACCGGAAACGAUCCGCUGGUGCCGAAAAUACACCGACAUGCCCUUCGAGACCCAACUGAUGGUCAGCGAAAGGUGCACCGACGCCAUGCUCGAAGAAUUCGUCGAGGUAACCAAGGGCCCGAACGGAGAACCCGGUGUCGUGAUUGUUCACGUCGAGGCCUGCACGCAUUUGCACCGUGCCCUCGGCCGAAUCCGCGCCGCCGGCGGAUCUCCUUCCGUCGCUCUCAACCCGCACACCCCCGCAGAAAUGAUCGAAAACGUUUUGGACAUGGUCGACCACGUGUUGGUGAUGACCGUCAACCCCGGAUUCGGAGGGCAGGCCUACAUUCCGACCAUGACGGACAAGAUCAAAAAGAUCCGCAAGUGGAUCGUCGACCGUGACCUUGACGUUGACAUCGAAGUCGACGGUGGAAUCAAGGCCAGCAAGGAAACAAUUGGUGCCUGUGCCGCUGCCGGAGCCAACUGCUUCAUUGCGGGAUCGGGCUUGUUUGCUUACGAUGAUCUUUCCGAGGGGGUGAAGGAGCUCACCGAAAUGGCCCUCGAGGCCCAGGGUGUCACCAACGGCGCCAAGGUCGAAGCGUAAAAUCUCGUCGAUUUACGGUAAGCAUAGCUAAUGAAAUUUAUCAACCGAGGUCUGCGUUUCAGCCCACACGAACUCUGUAUUAGUGUUGAUGAAGGAGUUCGACAGUUCCAAUUUUCAAUCUAUGUUGUAUCGGUAGUAUGAUACGAACCAUACCGGUACGACCGAAGGAAUGUUAGGGUGAGUCCAUCCUCAAUUUUAAAAAAUUAAACUCUUAUGA